AUGCCAGUGAGAAGGUCAACCAGGAUAAGGACCAAAUCCUCUUAUAGUGAACAAUCUGGAUCAGAAUCGGACUCUGAGCACGAAACUAUAGGAUCCAUUGUCACCGACGAUCGAAUAAAUAUCGAAAACACGGAUAAUCAGAAAGAAGAAGAAGCUUUAUCACAAGGUUCUAGUAGUUCAGAAGAAGACGAUGACGCCAAUGAUGACGACUAUGUUGCCCCUGGCUCCAGAAAAAGACCAAAUUCCGGAGGUAGGCGCGUUGCAAGCAACAAGAGAACGAAAUUAAAACAAAACGAGAAAGGCCGACCAUCUAAUAAUAUAUCCAGUGCUGUUUCAAGAAAAGAACAGGAAGCAUACAUAUCAUUGCAGAAUGAAUUCAAACCCACAGAGCUUUUUGAAAUUCUAAGCAGCUCCGACGAUUUUUCUUGCGAAGAACUUGCCAGUGACUGGUUGGAUUCCUAUAUAGAUAACCGAAAUGUCAGCUUAGCGAAUCUCAUAAAUUUCUUAUUAGAUUGUUCUGGAUGUUUCACUCAUAUUGGUGAACACGAUGUAGCUAAUAAUGACUCUUCGAAUGAAACAAUAGGGGAAAUACAAAUUAUGUUCCAUGAGCAAAAAAAACAUGAGUUCCAUUUAUUACUAUCGGCAACACACAAGAAGGCAAAGUUCCGUCCUUUGAAUGAUAAUUUUAACAUUUUCAUGACCACAUUAAUGGACCUAGCCAUUGAGAAAGAGAUGAUAUAUGUUGAGAAUGAAAAAGAAGAAAGUGACGAGAUUGUGAUCGAAACAAAUCCAUUAAUUAUUGACUUACUUACAUGGAUACCUUCCAUGUCAGUAUCAAAAAUACGAUGUUUGCGAUAUGUUUCAGCUAAAGCCAUCUUCUGUUUCCAAGAUUCUCUCGCACGAGCUUCUGCCAGCUUAGAAGCAGAGGUGUUAUUUAAACUGAGGAAACAGUUGACACUGGAGAGAAAAAAGAAAAAGCCCAAGUCCAAAACUAUGGAGACGCUAGAAUCUUCUAUUUCUGAUGCUGAAGCUACGAAAACUGUGAUAGAAAACACUAUUGAUAACAUAAUAAAGCUCUGUUUUGUUCAUCGUUUCAAAGAUGUAGAUGAAAAUAUCAGAUCCCUUGCGAUAUCCUACUUGUUAGAUUGGAUUGAAAACAAUCCAGACUACUUUUUUAAGGUAACCUUCCUCAAAUACUUCGGUUGGUUGCUAUCUGAUAGCAGUAAUUCAGUCCGGUUACAAGUUAUAAGGUCCCUUCAUGACCUAAUUAAGUUCUCCAAUAAGAGAAACAAAAAUACUGUCGAUAACGCUGCCCUAAGACAAUUUUUCGAAAGAUUCAAAGAUCGAAUGUUAGAAAUAGCUGGCAGAGACAUCGAUAUUCAAGUAAGAUUAACCUCAGUUCAAGUACUUUCGUCGAUUAAUGGGUUGGGUUAUCUGGAUGACCAUGAAAUAAUAGACAUCAUUAGCUUGAUCUUUUUUGAUCAUGAAGUAAAAGUAUCUUCUUCGUCAAGGGACGUUAAAUUCUUGAACGAGGUUACCAAAUUCUUGGCAAACAUUGUUUCUGAAAAAACGGAAGAGUUUCUAAUAAACAAUGAAAGGUUUAAGGUUCCGGUAAUUUCGGUAACGGAAGAGCAGUUUGUUAAGGUGGGUGUGUUAAUGAGAUUAUUACACAAUUCAUUGUUAAAUCAUAUCAACUCCACUAGUAAUUUAGAAGGUUAUGCAAAAGUACCACCGGACAAAAUCAAACUCUUACAGCAAGCGGCGGAAUUUUUAUCCCCCAAGUUUUACAACUUAAUUGAAACUAUAUCAAAACUACUCUAUGAAGAGGGAAAUUUCGAUGGCAGCACAAUUCAUGCUGAUGCAGAUGAUUUUUCCAAUGAUCUGGGUGAUAUCAAAUUGUUCCUACCAGAAACUGAUAACAAUGUCCUAUUUUAUGCCACUGUGUUGGGCGGCUUAUGCACAGGCGGCAUACAGUACAACAAAGGCCAGGACAGACAAGCCGUGACACAGUUAAUUCUUCCAGAGUUAGAAGAUCUUUUCAAGAAAAUGAAUCUUGAUUCUGAUCAGAUAUAUACUCAACUACUAAAUGUAAUACAGCUAUUAAACACAGAAGAAUGGAAUUCCAGUGAAUCAAAGGAUGUCAUUUUUAAUAUCAAUAAAACAAUAACAAAACGAUUUGAAAGCUCUCCAGUGGUUUUGAGCAACGCAAAUGCCAUUACUAAAACCUAUAAGAGUUUAAUUCCAUAUUUGGCAUCCCUUCAAAUACCAGAGGUAACUGGUUAUUGGAAGUCAUGUCUGAUUAACGUGACAUUAUCAUUCAAGAAGUUUAUGGAAUCAUUUGACAUAAAAUCUGAUAAUUCAAUAACAACAUUAUAUCUGCAAUAUGUUAACAAACUUGUAAUUUUGGGUAAGGAGUUCGCAAUUGAAAUUUCAGAAACGCUUUUGGAUGACAUUGUUGAAAAAUUCUUGAAGCCGUUGAGUGAAUUACUACCAAAGAUUGAUUCGGAUGCCAUAUCUGUCCUAGAUUUUAAGCUUUUCACCUCAAUAGUUACUUGGAAUUUAGCAACUUGGAGAGAUGUUAUCAAAAAUAAUGAAGAACCUAUAGCUGUUUCACAUACUACGCUGAAUCAAAUUAGAACGGUAUUAGUCGAAUUGCUGAAUCUUUCUUCAAAGAUCGAUUCUAACCCUGAAAUACAACACGACAAGAAAUUCCAUGUGCUUCAUGUAAUACUCUCUCCAUUGUUAGAUAUUAUCAUUGCAUUCAAAAUGUUUGAGCUCGAUUUGUCAGAAAAGGAUUCCGAUUGGAUAAGGGCGUUAAGGCAAGAAUAUUCAGUUAUCUCUAACGAAGAUCUAACUGGUAUUUGCCACAAAGUUUUCCUCUACCUUGAGAGUUGUCUUGGAAAAUUUUUGGGAAUAACUCUAGAUCGAGUGGCUGAUGAAGAUGUAAAUUAUGGCGCUGUCAACUUAGUCGAUGUUGAUGGAGAUCCAGAGAAGGAGCUUUGUAUCUAUACCAUUAAAUUGAAAGGCCUCAUCAAACUUGGAAUUCUAAACUAUAGCGAUUUAACUACAAGAAUUGGGUUAAACCAAGAGAAAUUAGGGCCAUUAUUUGAGAGUGUAGUAAGCGAAACGGUUUUCGAAGAUGAACCGAAAAAUAACGCUGAGAGCCAUCCUGCAGCCAAAUUAAACCAAGAACCAGUACCCCAACAAUAUGAUGAAGUUCUUGAACCAAUUGAGGAAUUCACUCAGGAUGAAACAGUUCAUUCGCCUCCGCACCCUGCAGACCCCAUUGUUUCAUCACCAAUCUAA